CCUCCACCCUGGCCUUCUGACAAAGCCAGCACCAUUUUGUAAGGGACUGUAGCUUCUCCCCAAAACUGAUGGGAAAGUGAGAUUUUUAGAUUGCCAUCACACAACAAACAUAGCCACCUUAGUUCGGGUGGGCAGGUAAAGUCCAGUGAGAGGGGCAGCCUGGUAACUGUUGUAGGCUCCUCCCAUCUCCCAAGCACUAAAAAAAGGUCACUUUCUCUUUAAAUGCAAAUUACCUCCUGCAAGCUCUGCUUCCACACGCUCAGUUCCCUAGGAGGGGAGCGCUAAGAGCGGAGGGAACCACGCUUCUGCCUCACUCCAGACCCCAAACCUCCAGUGGGUCCUGAGGCUCAGCCAGCAUCCAAUGGAGGACAAGAAGAAGAAAAGGAGUCCCAAGCCCUGCCUGACCCAGCCAGCCCAGGCCCCGGGCACAUUACGAAGGGUCCCUGUGCCCACCAGCCACAGCGGCUCCUUAGCCCUGGGACUCCCUCAUCUGCCAUCCCCCAAGCAGCGAGCCAAGUUCAAGAGGGUAGGCAAGGAGAAAUGCCGCCCGGUGCUGGCCGGAAGUGGGGGUGGCUCUGCAGGCACCCCGCUGCAGCACUCGUUUCUGACCGAGGGGACGGACGUCUAUGAGAUGGAGGGGGGACUGUUGAACCUGCUCAAUGAUUUUCAUUCAGGCCGGCUGCAGGCCUUCGGGAAGGAAUGCUCCUUUGAGCAGUUGGAGCACGUGCGGGAGAUGCAGGAGAAGCUGGCCCGGCUGCACUUCAGCCUAGACGUGUGUGGGGAAGAGGAGGAAGAGGAGGAGGAAGAGGACGGGGUCACUGAGGGACUGCCAGAGGAGCAGAAGAAGACGAUGGCCGACCGAAACCUGGACCAGCUGCUUAGCAAUCUGGAAGAUCUUAGUAACUCUAUACAGAAGUUGCACCUGGCCGAGAAUGCCGAGCCUGAGGAGCAGUCAGCUGUGUAGGUGUCGGACCCAGGACCAGACUGCCUCUCUCAUUCCCUUCAAACUGUGACUUUUUACGAACUCGAUCGGGUAUUCCGCGGCCCCCCAGGUGCUACGGGGGAGGGGGGCGCUGGAUGAAAUUAAACCAGAAAGAAAGACA